GUCGGUUCAGUCUUCAACAAAGGUCUGACCUCCACACAAGUCACCAAGUUAGCUUACGGAUUACCUGAAAAUGGCCAGGAUAUUCAUUCUUGUCCUCGUCAUAGCUGUCUGCCUGAGCGGAAGUGUCAGCGGCCAAAGAGACCACCCUCGAGGGCGAUCCUUCGAUGCCGAAUCGCAUCCCAUCAAGCAUGCAGAGGAACAGCAGACCCAGUAUUGGGUGGACAAGGCCCAGGAGAAGCUAUUAACGAAACUGGCCGAGGAGCAGUUCGCGACCAAAAACAAGGCAAAGAACGUCAUUAUGUUCCUGGGCGACGGAAUGUCCGUUCACACGGUCACGGCCACCCGGAACCUGCUGGGCGACAGUGCGGAGCAGGUGUACUUCGAGGGAUUUCCCUACACUGGCUUGUCCAAGACCUAUUGCGUGAACCGCCAGGUGGCCGAUUCCGCUUGCACGGCCACUGCCUAUUUGGGUGGAGUGAAGGCGAACUAUGGAACCAUUGGCGUGAACGCCAAUGUGUCCAGGUACAGCUGUGAUGGCGCCGCAAACGAGGAGGAUCGGGUGCUCAGCAUAGCCCAGUGGGCACAGGCGGCUGGCAAGGAUGCAGGGCUGGUCACUACAGCCAGGGUGACUCACGCAUCGCCGGCCGGCGUUUAUGCCCACAUCGCCGAUCGCAAUUGGGAGAACGACUGGGAGGUGGCCAACGGGAAGUGCGAUCCCGAGCAGACCAUCGAUAUUGCCCGCCAGCUCGUGGAGCAGCCUGUGGGUCAGCAGCUGAAGGUCAUCCUUGGGGGCGGGCGCAAGAACUUCAUCAGCACUACGGUGAACGAUGAAGAGGGAUAUCCUGGGAAACGUACCGACGGUCGCCACUUAAUCCGCAGCUGGUUGGAUCAGAAAAGGGAGGCCAAUGUCUCAGCCCAUUACGUCUGGAGUCGCAAGGGACUCAGUCUGGUGGAUCUCGAGAGCACGGACUAUCUCUUGGGUCUCUUUGCCAACGACCACCUGCCGUACAACGGUGAUCGGGACAGGAAACGUAGUCAGUUGGCGGAUCCUUCGCUGACUGAGCUCACGGAGGCCGCCAUCAAGGUUUUGAGUCGUAAUGAAAAGGGGUUUUUCCUCUUCGUCGAGGGUGCUCGUAUCGACAUGGCCCACCACGAUACCUUUGCCAGGAGAUCCCUCGAGGAUACCGCCGAGUUUGCGAGGGCGGUGCAGAAGGCACGCGAACUUACCUCCGAGGAUGACACACUAAUCGUUGUGACCGCCGACCAUGCUCAUGUUAUGUCCAUCAAUGGUUAUCCUUAUCGUGACCAGGAGAUUACCGGGUUGGCUCAGCUGGCGGAUGACAAUCUGCCCUAUACGAUUUUGUCCUAUGCCAAUGGACCUGGCUACUACUCAGGAUACAAUCGUGCUGAGGGACGUGCCCUUCUAAAGGAAAAGCUGGUGGCGGACACAGACUAUCAGUAUCCCACGCUGGCGCCCUUGGAUGCGGAAACUCACGGAGGAGACGAUGUGGCGGUGUACGCCUCGGGACCCUAUGCCCAGUACUUCAGUGGCAACUACGAGCAGAGCAAUAUUCCGGCUUUGAUGGCGAGAGCAGCGGGUAUCGGGCCCUUUGCCUAGGAUCAGCCAGCUUUUCUUGGCAUAAGCAAAACUCUUUUCGCUUAAAUGGAAUAAUUAAAAUGCAUCAUUGCCAAACGAA